UUUAUUACCUGUGUGAUGUGAUACGUGAAUUUUAUGAAACAAAUAAAUAUAACUCGAUUUCUUUAUACUUUAAAUUAAUUAAUAGAUCUAAAUUGUUAAUUUCUCGAUUAUUUAAUCUAAUGAAGUAAUCAAGAUGGACAACUCUUACAUUCUCAAUAAUCUAAGGAACGGCAGCCACUGUCUGCUGAACAUCGUGCCCGCGCAGCCCAAGACCCUCACCCACCUGCCGAAGAGACCGCCGGUGGACCUGGCCUUCACGGACCUCACAUACAAAGUGCAAGAAGGAAGAAAGAGCAAUGAGAAGAUUAUCCUCAAGUCUGUGUCCGGGCGGCUGCGGUCCGGCGAGCUCACGGCCAUCAUGGGCCCGUCCGGCGCCGGCAAGUCCACGCUACUCAACAUACUCACCGGAUACAGGACCUCUGGAAUGGAAGGCAGCAUCACAGUGAACGGCAUGGAGCGGAACCUGUCCAGCUUCCGCAAGAUGUCCUGCUACAUCAUGCAGGACAACCAGCUCCACGGGAACCUCACCGUGGAGGAGGCCAUGGAGGUGGCCACCUCGCUCAAGUUGCCCAGCACCACCUCCAGGACAGUCAAAGAAGAAAUGAUCCACGAAAUCCUGGACACGCUCAGUCUCCUGGAACACCAGAAGACGAUGACGUCCAACCUGUCCGGCGGACAGAAGAAGCGGCUCUCGAUCGCGCUGGAGCUGGUGAACAAUCCGCCAAUCAUGUUCUUCGACGAGCCUACGUCGGGCCUGGACAGCUCGUCGUGCUUCCAGUGCAUUUCGCUGCUGAAGGACCUGGCGAGGGGCGGGAGGACCAUCAUCUGCACCAUCCAUCAGCCGUCGGCGCGACUGUUCGAGAUGUUCGACCAGCUGUACACGCUCGCAGACGGACAGUGCGUCUAUCAAGGCAGCACCGGACAGCUGGUGGACUGGCUGGGCAGCCUGUCGCUGCAGUGUCCGUCGUACCACAACCCGGCGUCGUUCAUCAUCGAGGUGUCGUGCGGCGAGUACGGCGACCACACCGGCACACUCGUGCGAGCCAUCGACAACGGCAAGAACGACAUCAGGAAUGGGAAGCCAUUCCCGGCGUCGAAGGUGCCCGACUACAACAACAAGAAGGACAUGGAGCAGUCGCUGAAGCCGGAGCUGAACAAGAAUGAGCUCGCAAACUUGCAGGACAAGUUCAGGGACGAGCCCUCCGCCGCCGACGGGAACGGACACGGCAACCUGCGGAACGGCAUCCUGCAGUACGCCGCCGCUGAACUCGCCAAGGGGAAAGGCGAGGGUCUGGUGGUGCAGGUAGAGAAGGUGGAGCUGGAGAAGCAGGACAACGCAGCGGUGGCGCUGCUGGGAGACGAGGGGGGCAGAGCCCCACGGUACGCGACGUCUGAGCUGCGCCAGUUCUGGGUGGUGCUGAAGCGGACGCUGCUGUUCAGCAAGCGCGACUGGACGCUGAUGUACCUGCGGCUGUUCGCUCACAUCCUGGUGGGGUUCCUGAUCGGCGCGCUCUACUACGACAUCGGCGACGACGGCAGCAAAGUGCUGUCCAACCUCGGGUUCCUCUUCUUCAACAUGCUGUUCCUCAUGUACACCUCCAUGACCAUCACCAUCCUCAGCUUUCCUCUAGAGAUGCCUGUGCUGGUGAAGGAGCACUUCAACCGCUGGUACUCGCUCCGCUCCUACUACCUGGCCAUCACCGUCUCUGACAUACCGUUCCAGGCCGUGUUCUGCGUGGUGUACGUGGUGAUCGUGUACCUGCUGACGUCUCAGCCGGCGGAGUGGGCGCGGUUCGCGAUGUUCCUGUCGUCGUGUUUGCUGAUCUCGUUCGUGGCGCAGAGUGUCGGCCUCGUGGUGGGCGCCGCCAUGAGCGUGCAGAACGGUGUGUUCCUGGCGCCGGUGAUGUCAGUGCCGUUCCUGCUGUUCAGCGGGUUCUUCGUGUCGUUCAACGCCAUCCCGCGCUACCUCCGCUGGAUCACCUACCUCUCGUAUAUCCGCUACGGGUUCGAGGGCACAGCACUCGCCACGUACUCCUUCGACAGAGCCAAGCUGCAGUGCCACCAGGUAUACUGUCACUUCAAGAACCCGACGACGACCCUGGAGGAGCUGGACAUGCUGGAGGCGGACUUCGCGCUGGACAUCGCCGCGCUGUGCCUCAUCUUCGUGGUGCUGCGUAUAUCGGCCUUCCUGUUCCUGCGCUGGAAGCUCAAGUCCACCAGAUAGACGCCACACCGGCCGCUCUAUUUAUAUUCAUAAUGUAUCAUAUAAGACUAAAAACAAAGACAGGUUCUAUGUUUUAAGGUUCACGGUAGCGACUGUUUCACACCAAACAUAUACACUAGCACGACACGCCGGUGUGGGAGGGUCGCGGCCGUGGCGGUAGUUAAAUGUCACGUAUAUUCGCAGUCAUUGUGAUAGUCGACGCUAAUUCGAAUAAAUAGGAUUUACUGCGUCCUUGAAUUAUAAAAUCGCGGCGAGUUGCGGGACGUUGUAAUUGAAAACAUGACAAUUGUAAUGAAACUGUAGUCGCUCA